CAGAAUGAGCUGGAAAGGUAUAGAAUCAGCGAGCUUAGACGGCGAUUUUUUCAAGAAAACGGUAAGUUGUAAGCAAGUGUGCAUGACAGAGUUCCCCUUUGAUCGAUGUUUUGCUCGACAGUUUGUCAGUCUCGUGAUUUAAUUCAUGCUGAUUUCUUAGGCUCAAAUUUGCAUGAGUUCUGUGAACAAGACGUAAAAAGAGUUCGCGAUGACGAUCUUUGGCUUAGCCGGUUUUUACAGGCCCGAAGACAGGAAGUUAAUGAUGCAUUACCGGCCUUGGUGAGCUAAAUUACAUCCCAUAGUAAGCUUACUAGUUCUUUAGAGAGAAAACUUUAUAGGGUUAUCAGGAACAGAUUAUUUCCUGCAACCUCCAUCUUUGUAGUUAUUUUCUUUCUUUGCAACAGUCUUCCAUCAUAAAGCAUCAGUCAAUUCCACCUGCACCCAGCAGCAAAUUUUGCACUGCCCGAGGGCCGGGCAUUUGCCAGCUCCGGCGCCAUUCCCUAGCUUUUGACAUGCAUGCGGUUUCCUAUCAGAAAAUAACUGCACAGAAGGUUUUAGUGAAAAAACAAGCAGAUUGGCUCAUGGCUCAUUGGCUCAGGAAUAAAUUGAAGAGAGUUGUAAUGGCUUGCCUGCGUCGCAGAUGCUCUAAACCUUUUGUAUUCUCAAUUUUAUGCAUGCAUGCAGGUGGAAUUGACUGAUGCAUAAAGCCACCUUCCCCACCAACACCCUUUGGCUUUUCUGCCAAAUGUCUGCCAUUUGUCAUUGGUCUUGUGUUGCCCGCCUGUCGGUCGUCUGUUGGCAGACUGUUGGUGGAGAGUCUUCUGACGAACAGCCAAAAGAUUUUUGGUGGAGCUAUUCUUCAGUAAUACCAGAUGAUAGUAAUUUUGAAACUCUAAUUCUGUUUCAAAGCAAGACAAGUGAUUUUUCUUACCUACCCGAAAUUUGAUGCCAAUUUUUUUUUAAUUAGUCUGAAGUGACAGCCAUCUCUUCAGCCCAACCCCCAUCCCCAUAGUACACUCUGGCGACUACUAUGUUUAGUGGGAGGGUGCAGUGUUCAUGAUGGGUGAAACGGCCUCUGGUGCAGAUUUUGAUGUACGUUAGUAGCAAAUAUUCUAUGACUAAUAUUUCCAACUUAAUGUAUAAAGGAGUCUGUAUUUGCUUCAAAACUGUGAAUCCCCCAUUUAAUCCAACAUUUCAAAAUACAGAUUGAAACCAGCCCCUCUUUCACUUAAAUAACAUCUGGACUCAAACAAGUACAUGACAUCUAACCAUGUAUGGUAUCUAGGCUAACUCAUAGUUCCUGCUUUUACAAGGUUGAAUGUGUGAAGUGGAGAAAGUCAUUUGGAGUUAAUGGUAUGAUCAUAAAAAUUUAUCAACAAACAAAUAAUAAAUUAUUAUUGGUAUUUCAUAGAAUGAUAUGAACAACUCUCGCUCACUAAAUUAACUCAACUAAGUUAAAGUAAGAUUUUGUGACUUGCUGUUUUUGUCAAACAGAACUUACAGAAAGAUCUAUUGACCGUAGACUGUUUGAGGCAGGUUUCCUCUUUCCACACAACCAAGAUAAAGAUGGCAACACUCUGGGUAACUCAUGUUAUUUUUUAAUGCUGCUAACUACUUUAUUUUAUAUUAUAUUAUAGGUCAUUAUAUUUUUUAUAUAAUAUAUUCUGUCAAUCGGUCGUUGAAUGAAUUUUUUUUCCUUUAGUCAUCUUCACAGGCAAAUUGCACAAGAAAGACCCCCAGCAAUCCUCAGAAAAAAAGAGAUUUCUUGUUUUUCUCUUAGAAAAGCAUGUAAGUAUGAACCAAUGUGAUCAAGAGUUAUAUUAAACUAUAGUUUCUCCAAUCAUAUGUCAACUUUGGCUGUUUGAAAUAUCAUUUUUUAGAAGAGUAAUUUAAGGAAUGUCUGGAACAAACCCUGAGUGACUUCUGACAAAAAUUAAUAGAAAUAAUAGUAAUUAUCAGUGGCGAAUCCAGGGAAGGGGCCCCCCUUAUUUUUAGACCAAACUGAGGCCCGAAGGGCCACAAAAUUUUUUAGGGGGACCAGGCCCCCCAUUAUCUGAGGUUCUGAAUCCACCUCUGAUAAUAUCUUACUUUUGCAGGCAAGAAUGUUUCCAGAACGGAAAAUAACCAUGAUCUUUGACAUGCAACAGACAGGCCUGGCUCAAAUGGUUUGAUUUAUAAUGUUACAUGCAAGUUAUGUUUAUAACUUACUCUUUCCAGGAAACUGCACAAUUGGGUAGCUAAUGGAAAGGGUUUUUUUGUUUUGCAGGACAUGGAAUUUAUAAAAUUUAUUAUUAGUUGUUUUAGGGAUUAUUUCCCAAGGACUUUAGGUGAGGAUCAUGUCUUGUCUUUUCCCCACAAUUUUUAAUUAUGUUAAUGUAUUUUCUUGACUAAGUUGUAGUUAGUCGGUCACAAAAUUUUGAGCCUAAGCAUCGAUGUUUUCGCAUGGAUUCUAUUUUCCCUUUUGUAGUUUGAUAGUUCAGUUUGAUGCGGUUGCAUAAACAAGUUUUUUCAAGUAUCAAGUAUUGUCGAUGUAUUUGUAUUUGCUGGCGAAGGAGCGGUGAAAGGGAAUGGUGGAUUAAACAAGAUUUAACAACGUGAGGACUAGAAAUUUGUACCGAGUGCGUGACCUUCUUGCAAAGUACAUCACAGAUCAAGAUAUAUAAUAUUUGUUGUUCUUGACAUAGUGCUGUGUCAGAUCUAGCUCAUGUGUGCACCAUUAUUAAAAGCAAAGUCUACUAGAUGCAAAUUUCAAAAGGUGUUAAUUCAAAUAUAAAGUAAAACCAACAACAUUCUUUUCCCCUCAUCCUUAGCCUUGUUAUUAGUUAUUGAAUUACCAUGGAUUUUAUCAGGUAUGGCUUGUGAAUUGAUACUGCAACGCAUUUCUUAGUGUAUUUUGUCGUGUUCAUUAUAUUUUAUUCAAUUCUAUUUCAGUGUAUUCCAUUCCAUUCUUUUCUGUUCUAUUCUAUUCCAUUCUAUUUUAUCCCAUUCCACCGUAUUCUUUUUUUAUUCUCUUUCAUUCUUUUUCUUCCAUUCUAGACCAUCUUGUUUUCUUUUUUCUUUUCAUUUUGGUUGCUAAGAUUAGUGCUAUGUUAUUUGACUCAUUUUUGUCCUCCAAUCACUUUGCAAACUGUGAAUAUACUUCAUUAGGUGAAGCGUGCUGCCUAGAACAAGCAGUCUUGAUUAACAAAAUAUUCCUGUUUUACUGUUUAAAAUGAAAGUGUUUCCUUCAUAGUUGGUAAAGUGUUUUUUGUGUUUUUUGAUAUUCUCACCAAUAACAGCUGCUUGGAAAAUUAUCAAGUCAUGGUUGAGCCCUGAAGCUGUGAAUAAAAUCAGGUAUGAGCUAACAAUAAUAUUAAGCUUCACCUGAAUCCAUUGAGGUUGUUCAGAUAUCAAAUUUCUACAAUUUUAGCUUUCAGACUGGUUUGUCAUCUCCCAGCAAACCCCAUUUCAAUCCCCUACAGCAUGUCUCCAUUUCAUGCCCUUGCUACUUGUCCUUAUUCUGUGCCCCUUUAACAUGUCCCUAUCUUAUGCCCCAGCAGCAUGUCCCCAUUUCAUGUCCCUGCAUCAUGUUCCCAUUUCACCCAUUUCAACUUAAAAUUUCUUUUCACUCUGACCUCAAGCAGAUAACAAUUAUCAUAAAUUUGCUACAUACGCGCUUUUAGUCAGCAUUUUUCUCCAAAAGACACACUACUCUCUUUCACAAACAAAAUGAGUAACCGCAAGCAAUCUGGACCAUCUAAUUAUCAGCCUAUACCAAGGCCUAUGACACUAAUGGGUAUUUUGCAACAUGUCAUUAUUUCACAUCCCUGUGACAUGUCCUCAUUUUUGUCCCUGCAACAUGUUCUUAUUUGAAUUCACAUCCUUGCAACAUUGGUUCCAUUUCAUUCCCCCUGCUGCAUGUUCCCAUUUCAUGUCUGUGCUACUUGUCCUUAUUCUGUGCCCCUGCAACAUGUCCCUAUCCCAUGCCCCUAGGGCAUGUCCCCAUUUCAUGUCCCUACAAUGUCAUGAUUUCACAUUGACAUUUCCUCAUUUUACGUCCCUGCAACAUGUCCCUAUUUAACGUCCUUGCAGCAUGUCGUUAUUUCACAUCCCUGUGACAUUUCCUCAUUUUAUGUCCCUGCAACAUUUCCCCAUUUCACGUCCUUGCAACGUGUCGUUAUUUCACAUCCUUGCAACAUGUCGUUAUUUCACGUCCCUGUGACAUUUACUUAUUUUACGUCCCUGCAACAUGUCCCUAUUUCACGUCCUUGCAACAUGGUUCCAUUUCAUUCCCCCUGCGGCAUGUCCCUAUUUUAUGUCCUCACUACUUGCCCAUAUUCUGUACCCCUGCAACAUAUCCCUAUCUCAUACCCCUAGAGCAUGUUCUAAUUUCUCAUCCCUGUGACAUGUCCGUAUUUCACUACCUUGCAACAUGUCCUUAUUUCACAUCACCUUGCGACAUGUCCUUAUUUCACAUCCCUGUGACAUGUCCUAAGUUUACACCCCUGCAACAUGUCUCCAUCAGUUUUAUGCCCCUGCAACAUGUACCCAUUUCAUGCCCCAGUCUUCAGGGUUGGUAAUGUUGUCCUUUCUCUUUUCUUGCUGGCUCAGUCAAAUAUGGUAGUGAUGACAGUUGAAUGUGGACAAUUUAAUAGCAACAGUCUGAGACAAAACCCUAAGUCAUUUCAACAAGUGAUUCUUUUAUUAAAUUUUGUAACAAUGUAGGUUUUUAAGCAAAGCGGAACUAAAAGAACUUGUAGAUGAAGAUAAACUUCUCACCAGAUUAGGUGGAACUGUGAGUACCAGCAUUUUAGUGAUUUUGCAAAUAAACCUGCAUAGUUUCCGUUUUUUUAGUUUCUACCAUCAAUGAGGAGUAAAAUUAUAAUCAAUCUGGACUUAGCUUAUUUGUCAAAAUAACCUCGAGUUCUUAUUUUGUUCUCUUUUUGUUCUUUCAUUGAUAGCCUGCGUGGCAGGCGUUUGAAAGGGAAGGGAAAGGGAGUUUUAGGUGCUCCUCGCGCCCAAAACCCCCUUUCCCUUCCCUUUCAAACGCCUGCCACGCAGGCUAUUUCAUUGAAGCCCAUAAAAGCAAAAUGCGAAGACCAAUGUCCAUCUAUUUUGACCAAAAAAUAUGGACGUAAUAUUUUCUCUAUCUUGCACGCUCAAAGAAAAAGCCAUCGCAGGUAUCCGCGUUUGAAAAUGAAGGAAGAAAGGGAGAAUUUGGGUGCAUGGGAAUGCGAAGAGUGCCUGGCUGCCCUACAGGUUAGCUGGGUUAGCCACAAAACUUGCCAAGUGUGAUCCUGUUAUUUUAGCAACAGUUUCUACCCUUUUGGCUCACUGCCAGCAUUAGUGUUGUGUUUCUACUUCCCGUUGUACCAAAGUGAAAGACAUGCAAAAUAAUGUUCAACUUUGUUGUACUGAAACUGAAAUGUGAUUUGUAGGAUCCCUAUCAGUACUCUUAUCCUCCCACCAAAGAAUCUCUUGGAAUUGGAGAUCCAGACAGGUAAGUUCAGACUUAAGUAAUUUAACUGUUACAUUGCUACCUUGCAAGCGGCCUCUCCUUACCUUUGUGUCUUCUUGACUGAGGAGGAGAAAGGGAUGCUCUACCUGAACCUCGUCAAGCGUUUGACGUCGCCAAAUCCCGAACUUCUUGACUAGUCAAUCUUGUUUUCUCUUGUCAAACUGGUUUUCCGAGUUCGAUCAUCGGUUUAUUGAACUAAACCCGCUGUACCAAGCAAACGGCUCUAUUAGGCCUGGGUUCGGAACUGUAUCCUAGCAACACACAGCACAGUGUAUGCUCAACGAAGAUCUUACUCGAUUCAUUUACAGUCUUUCUCGAGAACGCCAAAAUCGAGCCAGUAAAAGAAAGACUCUGCUAGCAUUGCGCUACUUUGCAGGACUAACCUUUCGGAGAAGGCUUUGUUAAUGACAUGUUUCACUUCUUUUUAACAGUAUAGAGGAGGCUGAAAUUACAAACGGGCCUUUGAGCCAAAGUGUGGACUUGGAUGAUGAUAGCAGUGAGGAGUUUUCCAAUCAGAUUGCAUCGCAGUCUGAAUCGCAAUCCGAGCGUGAGGAAGCCCCUGUUCCUUCAUCUAAAACGGUGAGAAUCAGUUCAAUUUUGACUUGGCACUGGUUACAUCUCCCUAUAUUGCGAGAUCACUUUAUUGUCGUCAUAUUUACAUAAUAAAGAGAUUAAGAUUAACCUUAACCGCAAACGGCAAACGUCAGACUCAAGUUGAGAAUUCUCAGAAUAGAAAAUAAGCGGACAGAAACAGUCCGAACGAUUCCUAUGGUUAAAACUGGCAUAAAACUACUUAUUUUUGUGUAGAAGCAACAAAAAGUAAACGGAAAAUAAGGGGAAAACUUGGUACAGAUUCACGUCUGCCGUUUGGCGUAAACGUGAAUCGUUUAAAAUCUGUCUAAUAUUGCCAAAAAAGUCGGAAACUUUGGCUUCUCUUAGUUUGAGCGCUUUUGCGAAAUUUCGCUUCUGUUUGUUGUAUAAUCGUUAAGUUAAAAUUCACUUACCAGCCUCUGUUAGCAAAUUUGUAUGUUACACUGUCCGGACGUUUUAACUACUUACUGCUCUACAAACUCCCUUAUAGCUGCAGAAUUAAGACUGACUUUGUUGGGAUUGGCUGUUUCAGCCUUUGUUUUUCUGUUUUGCAGCUAUCGAGCCGGAAGGACAGUUAAUUACCGAAAUUCUUGUUGAUUCGUUUCAGGUUACGUUUGAAGAUGCAAAUUCUGCAGCAAACUACGGCGUUGAAAACUCGCUUCCUUCAACAAAUAUAAGACAGGUAGCCGUUGGCUCCCUCACGUAGUCUGAAUUGUGUUUAACAGUGUUUUUGCUUAAGUUAUCUUGAUAUUAGUGGCUCAGAGGUCGAUCGAGUCGAAAAUUUCAGGUACAGAUUUUUAAAUUCUGUCAUUUUUUACUGGACUUGUGCUUACGCAUGAUUUAAUUCAUGUUCCUUUAGUAAUUCGUUCGCUUUCUAGCUGAAGCUUGCCGUUCGGACUCUUUCACUUGUCAAAAACGCACGCGACUCUGUUAGCGUUUCAAUCUAAGCUUUCACUUAGGACAGACUCUUUUGUUUUUCCGUUGUUCGUAAUUAUGAUGCUUCCAGAAUCAAAUGAAGGUUUUGAAAUCUGUUUCUUUUGUAUUUUUUUGUAGAGGGAAACCCCGUCUAAGCCAACGUUACGAGCCGUUCAAUCGCGGUCAUCCCAAAGACGUGCUCCCCCUGAUGGGUUUGUGAACACAUCUAAAUUGCUUCUAAUUACGUAAGUAUGUUAUAUUUCGUGUCCUAGUGUAUGUAGUAAAUACAGUCGUACCUCCCGUAAGCGACCAUCCAAAAUGCAAGAAUUUAGCAGUCGCUUACGAGAGUCGUCGUCGAACCAGAGGGGAUCUACUUUUUAUUUAUUGCACGCAAUUUCAAAGUUUUACUACGUUUACGUAUUACGUGUAGUUCCAUGUAGUCACUGAAAAUUCUUCGUAUACUCUGAGUGGCAUAGCAAAGGCACAAACUGCAAAGAGACAACGUCUGAUGCGUCAAGUGGUCGCUUACGAGAGGUCUAAAAGAAUGGAAAACUGCAUGCAAAACUGUCAGGCUUAAAAGUGGGUCGCGGUCGCUUUUGAGAGGUGUUUCUCUACGAGAAGUUCUAAUAACAUGGCUGUUUUGUUUUGAUUGCAGACCCCCGGAGGAGUUAGUAUUUAUUGGAACGACUUCAACUGGGGAAAUCCUCCAAUCUUUGUCCCUUGCCAAUAACACUGUAUCAUCCGUCGCGUUUAAGGUUUGUUUCUCUUUCGACUCUGUUUGAAAAACUACGAUGAAGAACAUUCAGUAAGUCACUGGGAAGAAUAGGAGAUGGGUAAAGGGUGGAGACGACUAACUUUUUAGAUUGUCACCUUUCUCUCCUCACUCGCGUUUAUUCAGGUCAAAACCACCUCUCCAGAGAGCUAUCGCGUACGCCCCAGUUCUGGCGUCAUCCCCGCCAGCUCAUCCGCUGAAGUCAGCGUCUUUUUACAACCAGGUAAGAAAACAUUACAUGUAAAACUUCAAGCUGAAAAAUAUCACUCAAAAACUCUUUCGGUGCUGGUUUCUAGUUCACCACCACGCUGAACGCUAUCAGUAUUACUGAUCCUAACAGUAUGCAGGACGCCUACCACAUAACGUGUGGCGAAUGCUCAACUUCUCGCCUCUCUUCUCCGCAGAGGCUCCCACUGUGUAUUCAAGUAAAGAUAGUGAUAAUCUAAAAAGUUGGACGGUGGGAAGAGAGAAAAGGCGGAGCUUCUCUUCCUCUAUUUCCCCUUCCUAUCAUCCUCCUCGCGCCUUCUUUUUCCCUCUCCCCAGCCUCCCUACGAAACAAAGAGGCCUCUGUGGAGGGGACUAGGGGAGGAAGCCUUCUCUCCAUACCUCAGUGUUAACAGAGCCUGUUUAGUGUCUGUGACGUUAUGGGCUCAAUUCAUGUUGGUGUCGUUGCUGGUAAAGUAUUUCUUCUCUCUCAUUUCUUUGGUGUUUUUUACGAACGACAGGUCACGCUGCAAGUGUUAUUAGAGAUAAAUUCUUGGUUAUGUCGACCGAGUUGCAGGAAGAAAGAUCCCCAAGUGAACUUGCGGCACUCUGGAGGACGAUACCUAAGGCGAAUAUUGUGGAACACCGGUGAGUCAAUUUAGCAAUUGCAAAAUAUGCAAUGGAGGCUAGGAAAAAGGACUUCGUCAAGAAAUUAUUAAUCUCCAAAUUUAGCCUGAGUAUCAGGCGUUUUGGGGGGAAAAGAGGAAAGAUGGAAGCUAAAAAUCUCCUCUCCCCUAGCCCCUUAGGAAGGCCUGAUACUCAAGCUAUCCAAAUUUGAAAAAUAAACAACCAGGUCGAAUCUUUGGCAAAUGCACUAAAAAACAUGACAGAAGUAGCGUUACAGCUUGAGCAGAAAAAGAGGAAAAAGUAGCCGCUGUUUUAAUUAGGGACACCUUAAACGAAACACGAUCGCUAAAAGAAUGUAUUCGAUGAUAGGUGACUAGUUGGCUAUGUAUGAUAGCUUCAUAUUUAAAUGAACUCUCUUGUUUUAUUUCAGACUUCAGUGCCGUUUCGUUGCAUCGAAUUCCCAGUUACAGUAUUCCGAUAUUGUGGACGGUAAACCUGUAACCCUUAGUAUGGCCAUCGAUAGCAUUGAAUCACUACAAAGACAACUUAAUGACGUUGAGAGGAAGGUGAGUACAUUAUUG